AUGGACAAGAGCCGCUUCUGCAAACUUCUCCGUGACAGAGAGGAAGGCGGGAGCCCACAGACGGACUGGCCGACGGAGCCCGGGACAGGGAGAGCCUCAGAUGCAGGGGCAGACGACGCCAGGCGGGACUGGGGCCCCGACCACCCACGCAGCUCCGGCACAUCAGCACCCAGACCGGGAGGCACCGUCCAGCAAGGUGCCUGCCAUGGUCAGCCUCGUCCCAACCCCCUCGGAGGACCCCACCCCGGACAGUGUCUCGGGGUGACCUUCAACACAUCGGGGCCCUUCCUGCACGUCCAGGGCGCAGGGAUGAGACCCCCAACCGCUGGCCUGAGUGACAGUGAGGCUCCUCCUGGUGACCAAAAGCAGAGGCAGAAGGGCUGGGCAGUGAUGCCAAUCGAGGAGCCGCGCAAUUCCUUCUGUCUGGAAGCAAAGGGCGAUGCUAACUAA